AUGGCUUCCACUGCCUCGCUCCCAAAACUCCCCCUCUUCGAGGCCAUCUCCCGGCACGACCCCGAGUCCACGGCCGUGGUCCACUCGCUAUCCGGCCGCCGCUUCAAGUAUGGUGAGCUCCUGGGCGACGUGCGCCGCGCGCGAGACAAGCUCCUGGACUCGGCGGGCAAGCAAGACCUCAAUGGCGAGCGCAUCGCCUUCUUGGUAGAGAACAGCUACGACUAUGUAGUGACUCUCCUCGCUGCAUUCGCUGCUCGCUCCAUCGCGGUUCCUCUGUCCCCGGCCUUCCCCGCGCCCGAGCUCCAGUACAUCCUAGACCAGAGUGAGGCGUCGCUGCUCGUGUCCUCGGCAAAGUUCGCAACCAAGGCGAAGGAAGUGCUCUCAGCAAAGCUCGCCUCGAACCCUACGCAAGUCGAGCUGCAGAAGCACCACGGCGGCAGCGCGCAUGAGCAAGUCGAGCUUGAGGACGCCGACGUGGGCGCCGCGGGCAUGAUGCUGUAUACCUCGGGCACCACAAACAGACCGAAAGGCGUCUUGCUCCCCCAGUCCGUCCUGACGGCGCAGUCCAAGUCUCUGAUCGAGGCGUGGAACUACUCCCCCAAAGACCACCUCCUUCACGUCCUCCCCCUACACCACAUCCACGGCACCGUCAACGCCGUCCUUACCCCCCUCCUCGCCGGGUCCACGAUCGAGUUCAUGUUUCCUUUCAACGCCGACGCCGUCUGGAAGCGCCUCGCCGCGCCCUUCAUCGCUAGCAACGGCGUCAACGACACCAAUGGCGCUAACGGCACGCACGCCCUCCCCAAGGAGAAGAUCACAUUCUUUACCGUCGUCCCGACGGUCUACUCCCGCCUCCUCGUGACCCACAAGGGUCUGCCCCUCGACCCCGCCGAGCCGACCCGCGAGGCCGUCUCCCCGCGCCACAUGCGCCUCGCCAUCUCCGGCUCCGCCGCCCUGCCGACGCCCAUCAAAGAGUCCUGGAAGACCCUCUCCAAGGGCAACGUCCUUCUCGAGCGCUACGGCAUGACCGAGGUCGGCAUGGCCCUCUCCUGCGGCCUCGACUUCGCCGACCGCGUCGACGGCAGCGUUGGCUGGCCCCUCCCCGGCGUCGAGGCCCGCCUCGUCGACAUGGACACGGGCGCCGUCAUCCCCCCGGGUCAAGACGUCGACCCGGAAACCGGCCGCGAGCGCCCCGGCGAGAUCCAGCUCCGCGGCCCCACGGUCUUCAAGGAGUACUGGCGCAACCCUGAGGCCACGGCCAAGGAGUUCGUUGAGGGGGAGGACGGCAAGGGCAGGUGGUUUAAGACGGGCGACAUCGCCGUCCGCAGGCCCGUCCCGAACGCAGGCCUCAAUGCGGCGCAGUCGUCCUGGGCCAAGGGCGACAUGUACUUCAUCCAGGGCCGCAAGAGCGCCGACAUCAUCAAGACGGGCGGCGAAAAGGUCAGCGCCCUCGAGGUCGAGCGCGAGCUGCUCUCGCUACCCGAGGUCGCCGAGGCCGCCGUCGUCGCCGUCCCCUCGGGCAAGUGGGGUUCCAAGGUCGGCGCCGUCGUCAUCCUCAACAUGGACGUCGUCCCCCACUGGUCCCCAAUGGCCAUGCGGAGGGCCCUUCGCGACCGCCUCGUCAACUACAAGAUCCCCCAGGUCCUCAAGGUCGUCGACCACAUCCCGCGCAACGCCAUGGGCAAGAUCAACAAGAAGCAGCUGGUCCAGGCCGUUUUCGAAGACCAGUUCAGCGGCGACGAGAUGUAA